UUUUUGUUGUUUUAUGCUUGUACCUGUCUACUUUCUGAGCCCUUUCAUUUCGGCAGCUCUUUCGAUAAAUUGGGUGGUUGUGAUUGGUUUUGUAUGAAGUCAUUGAUGGAGAUAGUCAUGUAUGGGUUAAUUCCGAAUUACUUAGACUGAAAUUGCUAUAUAUGCACCGGCCUUUUAUGUCUUGAUUCCCCAUUGUUGAAUUGUCGAGAAUUUUAAUGCUUACUGGAUGGUACUUGAAGAUUAACUCGUGGUUUGAUAGUUUUUUGAUCAAUUAUGCUAGAAAGACAUGUUGGCAGUCAUUUGGAGGGGAUACCAUUUUAUCGAUCAAGAGGCGAGUUUCCAGGACCCGAUACAAGUAGGUUUGCAGGAACUAAACGAAGUAACUCUGACUCUUUUAUGGUGUCAUCAAAGGAGAAAUUUCCGCAAGUGCGACCAGAAUCACUUGAGAGCUCACAUUUGAUGAAGGUUCAGCUACUGCGACAUGGCGGGGGAGAGCGACCUUGGCUGCCAUGUGAUGAUGACAAAUCCUUUGCUAUGCAUCAAAUGAGACCAAUUUCGGCCUCUCUUAUAUCUCAAUCUUCUAGUGGCGGUAACUCCAAAUGGGAUCGAGCUAUUCCAAUGGAUCUUGGACCGACAUUACAGUAUCCUCCACGUGCUGGUCAAGUUGUACCAUUUGGGCACCAAACUCCAUCAAAUAGGUUUAAAGAUACGAAUCCUGGUCCUUCUGCCAUAUCACGAACAGCUGCUGAUGAAGGAUCUAGGACUGGAAUUAAAGGGUCUGGAAUUUUGAGUUCUAUCAAUGCAACUGGAGGUGUUUCUGAGAGACAACCUUCGGGAGUGCUCAUACGUACUGAUAAACAGAAGUCCACUCUUCACAUUUCGGAGCCAGAAUUGUCUGCUACACCCAGUCGACAAAGAAUAGAAUCGGCCAGUCGCCAAAUGACUAUAUUUUAUGGCGGUCAAGCCCAUGUUUUUGACAAAGUUCACCCCGAUAAGGUCUGCUUUCUGCACUUUUUUGAUCAACCGUUUGACUGAUACAUACCUGAUCAA